AUGGUGCAAGUCUCAAAGCAAGAUGCCACACAGAAUUCAUCAAGAGGCUGCUCCAGAUGCAACACAGAUUCCGUCAAGAGACUGCUCCAGAUGCCACGCAGAAUUCGUCAAGAGUCAGCGGAGCAGUCUCAACAGGAGAAAAGGUGCAAAUCUCAACAGAAGGAAGUGGUGAAAGACUCAACACAAGAUGCCACACAGAGUUCAUCAAGAGUGAGCGGAGCAGUGUCAACAGAAGAAGUGGUACAAGUCUCAACAGAAGAACUGGUGCAAGUCUCAACAGAGAAAAUUGUGCAAGUCUCAACAUAA